GGCCGCCCCGCCGCGCCGCCGCCCCCGCGGCCCCGGCCGAAGGAGACAGAUGACAGUGCCGUCCCCCGUGUAGGACCCGCCUGCUGCGUUGGCCCAGCUCGAGGAGGGAGCCCGCUGUGUUCAUGCACAGGCUGCCCGAGUAACAGACCGUCCACUCCAUGGGGAUCAGCCGUGCACCUGCUGUGUCUGUCACCGUCCUGCCUCUCCACAGCCAGAAGCGCGCCUGUAGCACCUGCUCCGUAAUGAUGAUGAAACUGGUAUUAACUGAAUGGCAAUUAUGGAUUUUUAACUCUAAUUCACAGUAAACCAGCAAAGCCAUAUGUUUAAAAUCCAACCAAAAAUCCUCGCGUUCUGCACGUCCCGGGGAUUGUGAGAAGCUGCGAGCCCGCCGGUCGUGCCGAGAGGAAUCUGAGUGUCACAGCUGCCUGAGGAGCGGCCCGGGGCGGAGAGAAGACGGCCUGACUAUCGCGACAGAUAGAUGAUAGUGUUAUUUAUAUAGGUAGAGUCUAUAUAUAUAAAAAUAUAUAUACAAAUUCUAUUUUUGGUGGUGAUGAGAAUGGCUCCGCAGAAUGCCGACCCAGAGUCUAUGCAAGUCCAGGAGCUGCCGGUGUCGCCGCCAGAGCUCCACAAGCCCGGGGCCCCCGAGGCCGAGCCGCGCGACGAGACGGUCAGCGAGGGCUCCAUCGACCGCAUCCCCACGCGCCUCUGGGUGAUGCACGGGGCCGUGAUGUUCGGCAGGGAGUUCUGCUACGCCAUGGAGACAGCGCUGGUCACGCCCAUCCUGCUGCAGAUCGGCCUCCCGGAGCAGUACUACAGCCUCACCUGGUUCGUGAGCCCCAUCCUUGGCCUCAUCUUCACGCCGCUCAUCGGCUCGGCGAGUGACCGCUGCACCCUGAGCUGGGGCCGCCGGCGCCCCUUCAUCCUGGCGCUGUGCGUGGGCGUCCUCGUGGGCGUGGCGCUCUUCCUCAACGGCUCGGCCAUAGGCCUGGCCCUCGGCGAUGUCCCGAACCAGCAGCCCAUUGGCAUUGUCCUCACCGUGCUGGGGGUGGUGGUGCUGGACUUCAGCGCGGACGCCACCGAGGGGCCCAUCCGCGCCUACCUGCUGGACGUGGUGGACAGCGAGGAGCAGGACAUGGCCCUCAACAUCCACGCCUUCUCCGCCGGUCUGGGCGGGGCCAUCGGCUACGUGCUGGGGGGGCUGGACUGGACGCAGACCGUGCUGGGCGACUGGUUCAGGACGCAGAACCAGGUGCUCUUCUUCUUCGCCGCCAUCAUCUUCACCGUGUCGGUGGCCCUGCACCUGUUCAGCAUCGCGGAGGAGCAGUACAGCCCGCCGCAGGACCGGAGCCCCGAGGCGGCCAGCGCCAAGCUCGGGGGCCCCCUCGCACCCGCCGCCCGCCUCAGCGCCCUGGACGGCGGCCCCCCGUUCCCGGACGAGGUGCAGUCGGAGCACGAGCUCCCGCUGGACUACCUGGACGUGGACAUCGUGCGCAGCAAGAGCGACUCGGUGCUGCACGUGCCCGACGCCGCGCUGGACAUGGAGCCCGAGCUGCUGUUCCUGCACGGCAUCGAGCCGUCCAUCUUCCACGACGGCUCCUACCCCGGCACCCCCCGGAGCACCAGCCAGGAGCUGGGCAAGGCCCGGCUGCCCCGUCUCUGCACGCUGCUCAGGGAACACGCCACGGAGGACGACACCUUGCUCGACAGGCACGCGCAGGAAGCCAAAGUCCCCAACGGCAGCGGCUCUGCGCCCGGAGACGCCCUCGGCAGCUGCACCAGGGCGGACGCGAAGGCCGCGGCCGCGCCGGGCUCCGUGCGCCGCCGCCGGCACGUGUUCCGCCGGCAGGCCUCCAGCACCUUCUCCUACUACGGCAAGAUCGGCUCCCACCGCUACCGGCACCGGCGCGCCAACGCCGUGGUGCUCAUCAAGCCGUCGCGCAGUAUGAGCGACCUGUACGACAUGCAGAAGCGGCAGCGCCAGCGGCAGCGCCAGCGGCACCAGAGCGGGGCCACCACCUCCAGCGGGGACACGGAGAGCGAGGAGGGCGAGGGCGAGACCACCGUGCGCCUGCUCUGGCUGUCCAUGCUGAAGAUGCCCAGGGAGCUGACGCGCCUCUGCCUGUGCCACCUGCUCACCUGGUUCUCCGUCAUCGCCGAGGCCGUCUUCUACACCGACUUCAUGGGCCAGGUCAUCUUCAAAGGGAACCCCAAGGCCCCCUCCAACUCGACGGACUGGCACGCCUACAAUGCCGGCGUGAAGACGGGCUGCUGGGGCCUGGUCAUCUACGCGGCCACCGGUGCUAUUUGCUCAGCCCUACUGCAGAAGUACCUGGACAACUACGACCUCAGCGUCAGGGUGAUCUACGUGCUGGGCACGCUGGGCUUCUCCGUGGGCACGGCCAUCAUGGCCAUGUUCCCCAACGUCUACGUGGCCAUGGUCACCAUCAGCACCAUGGGCAUCGUCUCCAUGAGCAUCUCCUACUGCCCCUAUGCCCUGCUGGGCCACUACCACGACAUCAAGGAGUAUGUCCACCACAGCCCCGGCAACUCCAAGCGCGGCUUCGGCAUAGACUGCGCCAUCCUCUCCUGCCAGGUCUACAUCUCGCAGAUCCUGGUGGCGUCUGCCCUCGGGGGCGUGGUCGACGCCAUGGCCACCGUGCGCGUCAUCCCCACGGUGGCCUCCGUGGGCUCCUUCUUGGGCUUCCUGACGGCCACGUUCCUGGUGAUCUACCCCGAGGUGUCGGACGAGGCCAAGGAGGAGCAGAAAGGCCUGUCCUGCCCGCCCGCCGGCGAGGGCCGGGACGGCGAGAAGCCCACCGCGCUGAAGCUGUCGCGGAGCGAGGGCCUGCAGGGCCCGGUGCAGACGGAGUCCAUGGUCUGAGCCACACGCCUGUUUACACAUUCCACGCUCGGGGCGGCGGGCGCGGCGGGGACAGCUGCGGCUGGCAGGUGCAGCCGGCCGGGGCCCCUCACGAAACGU